UGUUUACGUGAUUUUCCAUGUUGCUUUCUGUAAAGCAAUUGAACUGUUGUGUCAUUAUGCGGUUCAUCUUCGGCUGUGAGAGACGCUAUUUAAUUUGGGCAUCAAGUAUCUUCCCUUGGAGUCUCGUUCUUUUAUUCUCCAGAAAAUGCACGUUUUUCCUUAAGGAAGGAUGACUGUAUGUAUUUCAAUGAGAUAUCCAACAUAAUUCAGCUUAGAUGUGCAUGAAAUAGUUUGAUUCUUCGGCAAUGUAUACUGGUAUACGUACGUAACAGAAAAAUCAUAAGACACCCAGAAAGUGUGUUAUUGGUGCCAAAAUAUGCCUGCAUUAAUAUUUUUGAAUCGGAAAUGGCUUGUUGCUUGUGAUGAUCUGGUAAUUCCAUGUUCUAUGGAGGCAGUUCUACGUGUAGUAUGGUUGGUCGCUGCUUCAGCUAUAAUUUGGUUAAAGAAUGAUAACUGCCUUGAUUCAGUGCUUGGCAAUUAUUUUAUGUAUGCUAUUUUUGGAGACCUUAUAGGCACAUCUUUCCUUUCUAUAGCAUUAGCUAUUACAAGCAGUAGAGGCUCUGUUCUUGAAAAAGAAAAGCGAAAAUUUGUAGCAAAAUUGUUAUACUUAAAGCUGCUUAUGGUGUUUAUUGAUUGUGCACUAGCGUCAUAUGGUGUUUGGCUCUUUGUAUAUAUGGAAAGCUUCUGUACACAAAAAGAACAUUUUAUUAAGAUCACAACCAUUGGCAUUUGGAUUUAUAUAUUGAUAUUUGCAACUUGUGUGUUUAUUUGCUACAGUUCUCUGGGUUCAUCAAAAUACUGGAAAUCAGAAUCUGAUCUGAAUGCAAAUUUUUUCCAGAAAGCAGAACGUGUUUGGAAACUUCGAUUAAAAUAUUUUUGCUGUUGUGCAGAUGUGCCUGAAAGAGAGGAUUCUAUAUUUGCAGAUGUAUCAAGGUUUCUUUCUUCUUUUCUUAUUGAUAUCGAUUUAGCACCUACUGAUAUUUUAGCUGGCUUGAUAACCCUCGAUUUGAAGCAUGCCAUAGAAAGACGAAGACAAAAUAUUAGUGGGAUUUCUUUGCAUAAAAAUGAAUUAAUUGCAAAUAGAACUGCCCCUGAGUGGAUGACUCCUGAGAAUGCUUUAUACUUUCUAAGACUAGCGAAAAGCACCUAUGGGUGGCUAGCAUUCUUUGAUGCUUUCCGUCCGUGGAAUAUUUGUACUCUUUCAUCUCCUUCAAAGUGCUGCAUGCAAGAUAGUGCAAUUGUGAUAGAUAACUGUUGUCAGUGUAAUGCUGUAGCCGUACAAAAAAUUACAGGCUUCUCAGACUCGGAUAUUUUAUAUGCUUCAUUCCGAAAUUCUGCAGAAGAGCCAGCAUUUUACAUUGCUGUGGAUCAUCAGACAAAAUACAUCAUAGUUGCUAUUUGUGGGUCAAGAUCAUUUUCUGACUUACUUACUGUGAUUAAUGGAGAAGAACAAGAUUUUCCAUUAAAGGAUUCACCCUCUAAUUAUAAGUGUCAUCGAGGUGUACUGAGUAGUGCAUUAUUUUUGCAGAAGAAAUUGAAUGAUCUAAAUGUUUUAAAUGUUGCUGUGGCUGAAAAUCCUUCUUAUAAUAUUGGUAUUACUGGACAUAGCCUAGGAGGUAGUAUUGCAGCUGUUUUAGGUCUUAUCCUUCAUCCACAAUAUCCAAAGCUACAAUGUUUUGUUUUUGCACCACUGGCUGUACUUACAGCAGGAGUAGUGCCAGACACACUUGAUUUUGUGUUUACUGUUGUUGUUGGUGACGAUAUUGUUCCUCGACUCUGUGCUAAUUCAUGCAAAGAACUACGAAUGGAAAUUAUAAAAUCAUUGGAGGAAACUAAAAUUCCAAAGUAUAAAAUCAUUACAAGUGCUUUCUGGCAGUAUCUAAAGAAGUUCUUCAAGGCAUCAGCUAAAAAAGUUGUAACAGAAAUUUAUGAGAAUAAAGAAUGUGAAAUAGAUGAAGAAAAUCCAUAUGUGCAAACAACAAGCCAAGCAAUAUCCAGUGACUCUCACCUCUAUGCUCCUGGGCGCAUACUAUAUUUUGAAAAGGGAAAUAGGUGGAAAUCUCAUUGGUUGACUGGUUUUGACAUCAAUAACAUAUUCAUCAGUCGUGCUAUUUUUGAACAUCAUCAGCCACAUAAAAUACAGAACAUGCUUGAAAUGUAUAUUAAAGGGCAAAUAGAUUAGAUUUUACCAGAGAUUGAUGAUUUUUAUAUAUAUGUGGGAAAUUAGUGAUAAUUAUUGUAGUGUAAAUACAAUAUUUUUAUAUAAUGCAAUUCAACAUCUAAUUCAGAAUUUUUAAAUUUAUUUGGUUGAGCUGGAUAUUGUUUUCAUGCAACUUAUAUUUUUUAAAAUUUAAAUAAAUAUUGAUGGCAUUGUUUGAUUUAAGGGAAACUUCUACAAAAGAAAACUGUAUAAAAAGUUAGAUUUCUGGGGAGGAGGAAUUUAUAUGUAUAUAUUGUAUAUACAGAGAGAGAGAAUUUUUGUGGGAGAAAAACUUGUAUAAGAACUUGAAUGAAUCUAUUAUGUUACUGUUCGUCGCUAAUAAAUUUUUGUUUCCAAAUUAUUCCAAUACAUUUACUUAGUACCUAAGCAUACUGGUUAGAGAAAAAUUGUAAUGUUAUUAAAUAAUCAAGAUCAUCUGUUAUGUAAUAGUUAAUUUUUUAUUUUAUAUGUUUCAAAAAUGUUUAAUGUAUACAAACUACAAAUUUUAAAGUACAGUGCGUAGACCUAAGGAUUCCUCAUAAAGAAUUUUUCAUUGCUUCAUCAAAAAUCGAUAUUCUAAAUUUUUCUCAACCUUGCUGAUUAUUUGUUCUGUGGUCAUAUGCUUAUUAGUACUAAUGCAUAAAUCUGUAUUCUUUCUCAAUGUUUCAAGGUACA